CGUUCGGUCCCUCUGCACGGCUCCUCGGGUUUCGCCCUCGCCUGCUGGCCCUCGUCCCGCUGCUCGUUCUCCGGCCUUCUCAUUCUUCGGGCCGCGCCGCUGCCAUGGGCCCGCGCCCGCCACGCCGCCGGCCCGGGGGCCGCUGAAGCGUGGCGCAAAGAUGGGCGAGGGCGGAGCAGGGCCCGAGCGCCAGCCCAAACAGUCUGGGCGCUCCGCGCGCGCCCGCCCGCGCCGCCGCGGGGAUGCCCGCGCCCGUCGCCGCGCCCUGAGCGCCUUUGUCUGCCGCCCGCGCCGCCCGCGGUUCCCCUAGCUUGGCCGGCGCCGGAGCAUGGAGCCGGGCCUGCCGGACUCCCCGUCGGGCCGCAACGAGCCGGCGCCUGGGGCCCAGCCUACGGCCUCAGACCUCGAGACGCUCACAGAGCCGCGCCGCUGGCUGGGGGAGCCCGCGGAGCCCAACGCACCGUCUAGCUGGCCCGAAGAGCGCGAGGAACUGGGCACCUGGCCCCGCGAGCCCACGGAGCCCGAGAAGCACGGGGAGCGCGAGGAGCCGUGCGCCUGGCCUCGAGAAUCCCCGGAGCGCGAGGAGCCCGGCGCCUGGCCCCGAGAAUCCCGGGAGCGCGAGGAGCCGGGUGCCUGGUCCCGAGAUCCUGAGGAGGCCGAGGAGCCGGGCGCCUGGCCCCAAGAGCCCGCGGAGCCCGACGCGCCGUCCAGCUGGCUGGAGGACUCUGUUGAGCUGCGGCGCUGGCCCGAGGAGCCCGACUCACCCUACCCAUUGGCCCACUGGCCGGAGCAGCCGAACGCACUGCGCUGUCGUCCGGAGGAAUUGGACGCGCGGUGCAGCUGGCCCGAGGAGCCCGAGGACUGCGGGCCUGCGCGUGGCCUGUACUCCGGUGCCUCGGGCGCGAUGUGCGUGCGGCUGCAGGCGCGCCGCGGGAGUGCCGGACUGCCCUCGAACGCGAGCCCGGCCUUGCCGCUGUCCAGCGAGCCGCCCGCGGUCCACGAGGACGGCGCUCGCCUCCGCGCGGUGUUUAACGCCUUGGACAGAGAUGGGGACGGCUUCGUCCGCAUUGAGGAUUUCAUCCAGUUCGCCACGGUCUACGGGGCAGAACAGGUAAAGGACUUAACACAGUACUUGGAUCCAAGUGGGCUUGGUGUGAUCACUUUCGAAGACUUUCACCAAGGGAUCAUGGCCAUCAGAAAUGGAGAUCCUGAUGGUCAGCUGUACAGUGUGGCGCCUGCCCAGGAUGAGGACUCCACUGCCUGUGCUGACGAGUUUGAUGACUUCGUCACCUAUGAGGCCAACGAGGUGACCGAUAGCGCAUAUAUGGGCUCUGAGAGCACCUACAGCGAGUGUGAGACCUUUACAGACGAGGACACCAGCACCCUGGUACACCCUGAGCUGCAGCCUGAGGGGGAUGCUGACAGUGCUGGCGGCUCAGCUGUGCCCUCUGAGUGCCUGGAUACCACAGAGGAGCCUGACCAUGGUGCGCUGCUGCUGCUCCCUGGCAGAUCUCACGCUUGUGGCCAGGCUGUUGUUAUGGUGAUUGGCGGAGAAGAGCAUUUUGAGGACUAUGGCGAGGGCAGUGAGACAGAGCUGUCCCCAGAGACCAUGUGCAAUGGGGAACUGGACUGCACUGACCCUUCUUUUCUCACCCCCAGUUCUGACCCACUUGCUUCAAAGCUGCGCAACAUCCUCACUGAUGAGGCCUUUGAGUUUUACUGUAGCCAGUGCCACAAACAAAUCAACCGCCUUGAGGACCUUUCUGCCCGCCUGAAUGAUCUUGAGAUGAAUAGCCCAGCCAAGCGGCUCUCCAGCAGGAAGGUGGCAAGGUACUUGCACCAAUCAGGGGCUCUGACCAUGGAAGCCCUGGAAGACCCUCCCCCAGAUCCCAUGGAGGGCCUAGAGGAAGACAUUGCUGAUAAGGUUGUCUUCUUGGAGAGAAGGGUGUCAGAGCUAGAGAAGGACAGCGUGGCUGCUGGGGAGCAACAUGGCCGGUUGAGGCAGGAGAACCUCCAGCUAGUGCACAGAGCCAAUGCCCUAGAGGAACAGCUGAAGGAGCAGGAGUUGAGAACCAGUGAGAUGGUCCUGGAAGAGGCCCGGAAGCAGAAGGAGCUCUUGUGUAAGAUGGAGCGUGAGAAGAGCAUUGAGAUUGAGAACCUGCAGGCCAGGCUACAACAGCUGGAUGAGGAGAACAGUGAGCUUCGGUCCUGCACACCCUGUCUGAAGGCCACCAUCGAGCGCCUGGAGGAGGAGAAGCAGAAGUUGCUGGAUGAGAUUGAAGAAUUGACACUACGGCUCAAUGAAGAGCAAGAGAACAAGAGGAAGAUGGGGGACAGGCUGAGCCAUGAGAGGCACCAGUUCCAGAGAGACAAGGAAGCAACACAGGAGCUUAUUGAGGACCUCCGCAAGCAGCUAGAGCAUCUGCAGCUUCUCAGGCUGGAGACAGAGCAAAAACGGGGCCGUAGCAGUAGCCAGGGUCUACAGGAGUACAACAGCCGUGCCCGAGAGAGUGAGCUGGAGCAGGAAGUCCGAAGGCUCAAGCAGGACAACCGCAACCUGAAGGAACAGAAUGAUGAGCUAAAUGGACAGGUCAUCACCCUCAGCAUCCAGGGUGCCAAGAGCCUCUUCUCCACGGCCUUCUCUGAGUCCCUGGCUGCAGAGAUCAGCUCAGUCUCCCGUGACGAGCUCAUGGAAGCAAUCCAGAAGCAGGAAGAGAUCAACUUCCGCCUACAGGACUACAUUGACAGGAUCAUCGUGGCCAUCAUGGAGACCAACCCGUCCAUCCUGGAGGUCAAGUAGAACAGCAAAGCCCUGGGCUGGUCCAGGACUCCAUGAGUACACUGCACUGGCCCUGCCUCACCACUAGUAGCUAAGGCCACCAGGUCCCAUAGCCAGCUGACCCUGGGGUACACCGGGCCCUCACAUGGCUGGGCUAGGCAAGUGAAGAUGGGCUGCUGAAGGUGGAGGGCGGUGAGAAGGCAGGAAGGGAAGCCCACAUAGCAGACAAGGAGUGAGGCUGGGCCUGCUAUUGGCUUUGACCUCAAGGGAGCCAGGGCCCCUCACCCUGUCACCCAGUCAACAAUCACCUGUGUCUUCUCAGCAGUGAUGGUCUCUUGAACCUGUGUGUAGACAUGGGGACAGUUUCUCAGGCUGGGGUGAGCCACCCUGUGCCUCCUCUGUGGCAGACCCUCUUCCCACCGUGCAGCCCUAUGGGAAGAGUCUGCAGCUUUCUACUCAGGCGUCCUGACAGGUGCCACCCACGCCUGGCAUGUGAGCCCUGGAACCUCACGUGGGAUGAGACAGUGUGGGUAGGACAGCAGGCAAGGCUGGUAUGUGUGAAGUUGGGCUGGCAGCUGCUCAGGCUGUCAUCAGGUGGCCUUCAGUUCACCUCUGGACCAGGGCCCCAAAGCCAUGCAGUCACUCUGAUGGUAUAAACCUUGCUGCUGUACCCUCAGGUUCUGCCCCUCCCAUGGGGGCGUAGGCCAGGAGACCAUCAGGAACCUUUGCUAUGAGCAGAGGACUUAAGAUGGUAUACAAAACUCACUUCCCGGAUGGUGGACAUACUAACCCCUCUGCCUCUAGUUGCAGGUGCUGCUUCUUUGCAGAGAUGUGACUUUCUCUGGUAGCCUAGAGUUUAGUGUCCCCAGAUAGUGCAUAGUGUCCAUCACUGCCCUGGGUGAGGUCCAUACUUCUCAGACCAGAAUUCAGGCCUCUGGAAUCAGGUUUCCUUCUUGGUGUCUGACUUAAAGUCACUAAGGGUGUAUUUUGUAGGAGGGCAGGCUGGAAUACUGCACACAGACCAGGAACUGAGGAGCCCUUACCACCCUACACCUGCACUGCCCCAGGGCGGCAUCACCCACACGCUGCUCAACCUGCCUGAGCCGGGGAACUAACUGGCUAGCAGCCUCUGAGUGCCCUUGGGUGGGCUGGAAUUCUGCUGCAAAGACUGUCUGUCCACUGUGUGCGAGUGUGUGCACGCGCGCAUGAGUGCACACAAGUGUGAGUGUACGCGUGCUUGUGCCCACACACGCUGCCCUGCAUCCCUCUACCUUCCCCUGGCCCACCUUCUACACUACAGUUUAAGAUGUUGCCUCGUAUUGUACAUUUUGGGGAAAGCUUUGGGUGUAAAUCAGUGUAAACUUGAAGGAGAGAUUUUUCUAUCAUGUAGAGUAGGUAUUUUUUAUAGAUUGAAGGUUGAUCAAUUUUUUAAUACUUCCCAGAGAGAAAACUAUCUGUGUAUACACAUGAAAAAUAUAUAUAUGUAUAUGUAUAAUAUAUAAAUACCAGAGCCCUGCCUUUCUGUGCCCAUGUCCUGGCCCUGUGGCCUGUUCUUGAUGACUAUCCUGCAUUGCUGACCAUAAACACAGAUCUCCCUCCAGGACAUACUGGGAAACACUAACCA